UUUGACAACAAACAUUGCAUAGUUUUAUUCCUGCUUGAAAUUUUUCGUGAUGGAGGUCUGAGAAAAAAAUAACAAAAUCAGCACUCCAAAAUGCUUUGAAAAUAGUCUUUGGAGCUAUGAUUUUAUUUUUUCCGCUAAGAGCAUUACCUAAAAUUUCAGAUUUUUUUUACUAUUUGUCUCGAUUUUACUGUAUGCUUGCUCUAAAUCUGGAGCUAUAUAUAGGACUUUGUUUAUGCUUGCUCUAAAUCUAUAUAGGAGUACUUUUGCAAUGUCUACAACUAUCAUUGGCAUGCAAUAUCAUCUAGACCGUAUUGUAUUAUUCAUGUAUCAACAUCCACGGUUACUGCAUUGCACUGUAGUAGAAUUGCAGAUACAAAUAAUUCUAUACUUACAACAGAUAAUUGCUGCACAAUUAUCUGAAAUAAUUCAGUCAGUUAUUUUAAACUUUUACCUACUGUCUUUCCUAGAAAGAGUGUAGCAACAACUUGACGGACGUGGAGUAUCUACACCCGAGCUCACACCGCACCACUACAGUGCUAUAGUGCAUGGAGCAUCCGUCCCUUAUAAACUACGAAGCACCGAUACGGCGGCACCGAUACGGCGAUACGAGUACGGCGAUAUGGGAUACGGCAAGUUUCCGAAACAUCAAUAUGGCGAUACGGCAAGUAUAUAAAAAUAGUUAAUAAAAUAAAUGUAAUAAAGACAAACAUAUAAUAGAAGGUGCGAGAUGAGAUCAAAAUACUGCCCAUUGGUUGCAUCCAUGGUUCUUUUCCAGUCAUGCAGAUUACAUACAUGUCGCGUUUCCCUCUCUAGCAGUAGACAUAGCUCAUAAAGAUAAAUCGAGGUAUAUAUAUAUGUGCAAGUCUGCUUCCGCAACUGAACUAAGUUCAAAGGAUUAGCCAAGUUAGCAUUUUUUAAUCUAACAAGAAAACACAGGCAGAUGCACCACGACACCAGCCAGCAGCCAAGCACAGAGACAAGCAGCCAAGUUCGUAUGCGAUGGAAGUAUACCUCAUUGUUGCUGGCGACGGGCGGCUGUGGCGGAGAAGGCUCGAGUCACUCCAGACGGCGGCAAGGCAAGUUGGCAGGUUGGACGGGCGAUUGCAGGCGAGGGCGGUGGCGGCCGCCGCAGCGAGCCACUCAAGGCGGCGGCGGCGGUGCGCUCCCUGCAGUUGCCAAGAUCCAAUCCUUCUUCUAUCGAACUGAGAGGACAGAGGUUAGGCUUGUGGGCUCCUAUUGGGCUCAGGUCUGUUUGCGACGUGCUCGCCGUAUCGUCGCUGUGUCCACAGCGUGUCGCCGCCGUAUCGUGUUUAUUUUUUCAUUUUUUAAAUCAAAAAUCGGGAUACCUCUGUGAUACGCGUAUCGGAGCCGUAUCAGGCGUAUCGGAGUAUCGACCACGUGCGGUACGCCGAUACAGCCGAUCUUGACGUAUCGGUGCUUCGUAGCUUAUAAAUGGCCACCUCCCACUCGUUUCCUUGGCUCUCAUCAGGCGCAUCCCAUCUCUCCUCCUUUGCUACUGCCUGUGCCGAGUGCCGGCACGAGACCUCCGGCAGUGAGUUUCGGAGCGGGCGAGUUAGGUUCUGCCUCCGCAUUAGCUGCGGUUUUCGGAGGCUGGGUGCAAACGGGUGAAGCCGGUGGCCAGACAUGCCUAACCGGGUGGGCGCCGACUCCGGGGGCGGCGGUGGAGCGGGGGAGCCCGUGGAGGCCAGCGGCGGCGUGCACGAGAGAGUACUGCCACCGGGGAAGAGCGAGCUGUUCGCGGAGCCCGUGUCCGGGCCGCGCGGAGGCGGGGGCGGCAGCGACAGCGACGAGGUGGAGAUCACGCUCGACAUGCUGGACGACUCGGUGGUGGUGCGAAGCGUGAAGCCGGUGGCGGGAGGCGGGGACUCGGCGGUGACGCCGGAGAAGCGGUCGUCCUCGCACGGCCAUGGCGUGCUCCGGAACGCCUCGGCGCGGUUCAAGCAAGUGUCUCGGGAGCUCCGGCGGAUCGCGUCCUUCAACCUCCGGGGAGGCGGCCCUAGCCGCAUCGACAGGUCCAACUCGAAGCCCGUCGCCACGCACGCGCUCGAGGGUCUCAAGUUCAUCAGCGGCACUAACGGCUCCGCCGAGUGGACCGCCGCCGAGGGGAUCUUCGACAAAAAAGCCAGGAAUGGGCGCCUCCCCCGCUCCAAGUUCGGCGAGUGCAUCGGUAUGAAAGAGGCCGCGUUCGCCGGCGAGUUGUUCGACGCGCUGGCAAGGCGGCGGAACAUCACCGGAGAGAGCAUCAACAAGUCGGAGCUGCGUGAGUUCUGGGAUCAAAUUUCAGACACCAGCUUCGACAGCCGCCUGCAGACCUUCCUCGACAUGGUGGACAAGAACGACGACGGGAGGAUCAGCGAGGACGAGGCCAAACAGAUCAUCACGUUGAGCGUAUCGGCGAACAAGCUAACGAUGGUCCCGCGACAGUGCGAGGAGUAUGCACGUCUCAUCAUGGAGGCGUUGGACCCCAACGAACUCGGCUACAUCGAGCUGUACAACCUGAAGAUGUUGCUGCUGGAGGCGCCGAGCGAGUCGACAACCAACAACCACAAGCUCAGCAAACUGCUGAGCCAGCGUCUCCGUCCGACGACGGAUCCCAGCCCUGUCCGACGGUGGUACAAGCGUGCCAAGCACUCCCUGGAGGACAACUGGCGGCGCUGCUGGGUGAUGCUCCUGUGGCUGUCCAUCUGCGUGGGCCUCUUCGCCUGGAAGUUCAUGCAAUACCGCCACCACGCCGUGUUCGGGGUGAUGGGCUACUGCGUGUGUGUGGCCAAGGGCGGGGCCGAGACGCUCAAGUUCAACAUGGCGCUCACGCUCCUCCCCGUGUGCCGCAACAGCAUCACUUGGCUCCGGAGCCACACCACCGCCGGACGAAUCGUGCCCUUCAACGACAACCUCAAGUUCCACAUGGCGAUCGCGGUUGGGAUCACCGUCGGCGCCGGGCUACACAUCAUCUCCCACCUGGCAUGCGACUUCCCGCGGCUGCUGCACGCCAUGGACGACGAGUACGAGCCCAUGAAGCCAUUCUUCGGCGACGCCAAGCCGCCCAACUACUGGUGGUUCGUGAGGGGGACAGAGGGGUGGACGGGGCUAGUGAUGCUCGCGCUCAUGGCCGUCGCCUUUACGUUCGCCACGGCACCGCUCCGCAAGGGGAAGCUCCGCCUUCCCAAGCUCAAGAAGCUCGAGAGCCUCGACAGCAACCCCGAGCCUAGGGAGCUCACCCGCUUCGCCGAGCUCGUCAACGCCUCAUGCAGCCGCCUCACUUGGUUGGUCAACGCCUUGCUCAACCGCUUCACUGGGUACAACGUCUUCUGGUACACACACCACCUCUUCCUCGUCGUCUACGGGCUGCUCAUCGUCCAUGGACACUUUCUCUACCUCAACAACAAGUGGCAAAAGAAGUCGACGUGGAUGUACCUGGCGGUGCCGAUGACCGUGUACGCAUGCGAGCGGCUGACGAGGACGCUGCGGUCGAGCGUGAGGUCGGUGAAGAAAGUCAGGGUGGCCGUGCAUCCGCACCCGGCGACCCUUCUGUCGCUGCACUUGUCCAAGCCGCAGGGGUUCAGGUACAAGAGCGGGCAGUACAUCUACGUCAAGUGCCCCGACGUCUCGCCAUUCCAGUGGCACCCGUUCUCCAUCACGUCGGCGCCAGGGGAUGACUACGUCAGCGUCCACAUCAAAACGCUCGGCGACUGGACCAACCAGCUCAGGAACGCCUUCUUAAAGAAAGAGUGUAGCAACAACUUGACGGACGUGGAGUAUCUACACCCGAGCUCACACCGCACCACUACAGUGCUAUAGUGCAUGGAGCAUCCGUCCCUUAUAAACUACGAAGCACCGAUACGGCGGCACCGAUACGGCGAUACGAGUACGGCGAUAUGGGAUACGGCAAGUUUCCGAAACAUCAAUAUGGCGAUACGGCAAGUAUAUAAAAAUAGUUAAUAAAAUAAAUGUAAUAAAG